GGCAUGACGUUGCACGUUAUUUUGUCAUGUUGAAGCGAAGCGUCGAUACAUCCUGUCACAAUACUUCAAAGGUCAACAUUGUAGAGAGUAGUGUGUAACAUCACUACUACAUUCCACUGGAGAGUCCGUCGGCGAGUACCGACAGACAGACCACAGCUUUACUCAGGGCGAAGGCUGCUGACGCUGUUCAACAGUUAAGGAUCCGUUUUGACAAGAACACGUCACGUUAGCUACAAGAUAGCUAACUGACUAAUUAAGUUGUUUUUCGGAGUUUUUCGCUCACUGGAGGGAAUGGAGAAAGCUAAACAGGAUGCAUUCGACAGUGCCAGACUUCAAGUUAUCAAAGAUGGCUACGAGAGGGCUUUCGAGUGCAUUAAUAAAGGACUCACAGUAGAUGAAGCUGGAGACAAGGCCCAGGCCCUGGAGCUCUACAAGCGAGGGCGACAGCACCUCCUCCGGGCCAUUAGUGUGCCCUCACAGGGAGAGGAGUGUGUCGGCAGCUCCUGGGAAUCAGCCAGGCAGAUGCAGCAGAAGAUGCAGGAGACGCUGAACAACAUCACCACUCGCCUGGCUAUACUAGAGACUAGCUCAGACCUUGAAUCUACAACUACACUAAACACGAGCAGCGUGUCUGGCCUUGAUGCUACAGACGCGUCUGAAGAAGGUCUCUACCCAAAACUUCCCACCAAAAACAAGCCAGAGAAGCCAGCUCCACCAAAGCUACAUUUUCCUAACAGCCAGGCAGCAGGAGCUGUAGGAGGGGUGCCAGCAUGCAGUAGUGAGGGUCUACCUCUCUCACCUACCAGACAACCUGUGGUUCCAGCGGAAAAGCCUCCAGCUUACUCUCCUCAGGCGGCUGACGGCCACCUAUCUGUCUCAUAUGGAACGGAGUCGGGGGAAAUGUCAUUGGUUGGGGAGGAGUUCUACAGUCGUACAUCUAACUCAACACCAUCUCCCCAGAGUAUGGGAGAAGAAGGAGAGGAGAUGGUGUAUAUCCCUCGUGGUGUACAGAUAUUCUUUGUCACUCCUGAAGGGCAGGUGAGCGCUCCGUCGUACCCGGGCUUCUUGCGGCUGGUGAAGUUUACUAGUGACCAUGAAGCGAUGCCCAACCGACCACCAGCAUUUCUGCAGGUGUGUGACUGGCUGUACCCUCUCAUGGCCAUGGACUCCCCAGUGUUGCUGUGUAACACUGGUGUGUUUAUGUUUCCGGACAUGAUGGCGCCAGGUCCAGGCUAUUAUGUUGGGGUGGUGUUGUCCUCUGAGCUGCCUGCUGCAGACAGACAGCUGUUCCAGGACCUGCUGUCCCAGAUGACAGAUCUCAGGGUACAGGCUCCAGCUGAAGCUGCAGACAACAUAAAUCUCAGUCAGAAGGUGUCCAUCGCCACACCCGAGGAGACCGAACCAGCUGUGAUCGAGGAGGAGAAGGCUCUGCCCGAGUGGAGUGAAAAGGUGGCCAGCGGGAUCCUGACAGGUGCGUCAUGGCUAAGCUGGGGCCUGGUGAAAGGAGCGGAGUUCACAGGCAAGGCCAUUCACAAAGGGGCAUCUAAACUCAGGGAACACAUCACCCCGGAGGACAAACCCACCCACGUCAGCCCCACCGUCACCAAAGGCCUCCACGUUGCCAAGCAAGCGACCGGGGGAGCUGUCAGAGUCAGCCAGUUUCUAGUGGACGGGGUGUGCACGGUCGCUGGCUGUGUGGGUCGAGAGUUGGCUCCCCACGUGAAAAAACAUGGAGGCAAGCUGAUCCCAGAGUCCAUGAGGAAAGACAAGGACGGGCGUUCCAACAUCGAUGGAGCCAUGGUGGUGGCUGCCAGUGGAGUGCAAGGAUUUGCGACCAUGUGGACUGGUUUGGAAGUAGCAGCAAAGGACAUCACUACGAGUGUAGCAUCAGAGACGGUCACCACUGUAAAACACAAAUUUAGGGGUCUACAAAACAUCUUUGACCCACCUAAUGAGAAUAGGUACGGGGCAGCCGCAGGACAAGCCACAGACCACGCUGUCAAUUCUGCCAUUAAUGUCGGUCUCACUGCCUGCAAUGUCGACAACCUGGGGAUCAAAGCUGUGGUGAAAAGGACUGGCAAGCAGACAGCGAAGGCCAUUUUGGAAGAUUACAAGCUCCAGGAAAAACCAGAGAAUGGGAAGCAAGUGGAGAAAUUGGGCAAAUAGCUGGUAGUGCCCUGCCACAUUCCCUCAGUAACGCCUUAAAGCAUAAUUUUCAUUCUUCUAUCAAUGAAAUCUAUAUUUAAUAUUCAUUAUUUAUAAACGUGUUCUAUAUUUACAAGGCAACUACUGUUUUAUGUAUAUCCUAUAGUUUGAUACAGCUCUAAAGCACUUUAAUCUUGAUGUAAAAUAAGAUAGAUGGACCUAAAUGAAGAGAAACAGCAGAUUAUAUAGUCAAAAUUAAAACAUUGUUAUACAGUAUAUUGAUAUGCACUGUCACAUUCAGUUAUCACUUAUUUUGGGAGAUAACAGUUUAAAGCAACACUAUGUAACUUUUUUCCCGCUUCGGUCCCCCUACAGGUUGUCUCAUUGUCUCACGCGAGCUAUAGUUCCAAUGAGACCGAAACGGGUAAAGUUACAUAAUGUUGCUUUAGCUCUGCUCUUUGUACUAAGACAGCAUUGAAUUGCUGAUAUACAUACACUGGAAAUUGUCCUAAUCUUCGUGAAGCAUCUGUGUGUUUAAGUUUAUCCCCUGAUAGGGUAAGUGCAAUUUAUAUACUUUGAAUGAAUGAUUAAAGGUCCUAUGACAUGCUG